AUGGCGGCCAUGGGACGGGGACCGGACGCCGGCCCGCCUCGCCCGCCCACCGACAAGACGGGAACCGGCGACUUCCCGCGGGCGGCACACCAACGCCCCCAGCCCCGCGACCCGCCAGGACCUUGGGGGGCGCCGCUCCGCCCCGUCCAGCACCAGGCGCCGGUGCCGGCGCCACACCUCGGCCUCCUCCUUGGCCCGGCUGCGGCGGCGCAACAACCCGGGCUGACCCGCUCGGAGCCGGCGGCCUCUUGCCCGGGGGAGGCGCACCGGCAGGGGCAGGCGGCCGUUUGCCCGGAGGCGGCGCUCCGCCAGGAGCGGCCAUCGCGCCGAGAGGGAGGAUGCGACGAGCUCGGCCCGGCCCCACCACACGGCGAUGCGGCGCCCUACGCACCAAAACCCUAG